AUGACUGAGCUCCAGACGUGUGUGGGGCCUACAGUCUGGGGCCCUCCUCAAGUGUCCACAGUGUUGGUCCACUCUGCGCAGUCACACAGACACAGGUUGUUUCCAAAGCGCCGAGUGCAAACAGGAACUGUGACGUCACUGCAGCCAGGGGAGGAGGGGGAGGAAGGGGAGGUCCAGUCUGACUCGGCUCUGCGCUAUCAGGGGCCCGCACAGCGCAUCAGGGGCCCACACAGCGCAUCUGGAGCCGCUGAUACCGGGACAGCGACCAGCACCGGCCCGGGAGGAGGACAUGGCUUCAGCAGCGGACCGCCCCGAGCACGGAGCGCCCUGACCGACAUGCUGCCCAGGAGCCUCCGCACAGGGGGGAGUGGCCUGCCGGGGGUGGAGUCCAGCUCGGUGCCCCUGAUUGGCUACAGGCAGCUGUCACCUGAUUGUCCCGCCCCAGAGCUGAGGAGCGAGGGGCGGAGCCAGGAGGAAGUGGACAGUGCCCAGUCGGAGGCGUCCAUGAAGACCACCUGGUACUGCCCCCUGGACCUGUCUACAGUGGUGGAGGAGGAGGAGGACGGGAUCAUCUACUCUGUGAUGGUGACGCCUCCGCACAGCGCCCCCCACAGUCACCCGCGGGCAGCCCGGCAGUGUCAGUGUGUGAAGGCUGGCACAGAGGAGAAGCUGGUCCUCCAUCUUCUCCUGUGUUUCUCAAGAGGAGACUGCAGCUUCAUGAGCAUCUUCCUCUGCACCUACCGCACCUUUAUCAGCACACAACGAGUGCUACACAUCCUGGCAGACCGGCUGGAGGACCCCCCAGGCAGCUCUGAGUCCAGCCCCACCAGACAGGCCUUCAACAAUGCGGUGUGUAGUGUGUUCGGGGCCUGGCUCUCGGAGUACCCAGAGGACUUCCAGAGCCUGGAGGACCCCUCCUGUCUGCUGCGCCUGGCCCCUCUGCUACCCACUGCUGAGCUGAGGGCCCGACUGCUGCAGCAGGCAGAGGAGCUCAGCGAGAGGGCCCUGCUGCAACACACACAAGAGCCCUCUCCUGCUCCUCCUGCUCCUCCUGACCCCUCUGGUUUUGAGCCUCUCCACAUCCUGGGUUUCCCCUCUGCCGUCAUCGCAGAACAGCUGACCCGCAUCGAGACCGAGCUGUUCGUGCGCCUCGCGCCUUACCACUGCCUGGGCUCGCUCUGGUCUCAGCGGGACAAGAAGGGGCGUGAGGGCCAGUGCUGGUCAGUGCGGGCCACAGUGAGACAGUUCAACAGACUGACCAACACGGUGCUGGCCUCCUGCCUGUGGGACACUCGCCUGCGCAGCCACCAGAGGGCGCAGCUGCUGGACAAGUGGAUCCGCGUGGCUCAGGCGUGUCGAGCCAGGAAGAACUUCUCCUCUCUUUAUGCCAUCGUGUCAGCGCUGCAGAGUAACCCACUGCACCGACUGAGGAGGAGCUGGGCACACAUGGACAAAGAGUCUGUGAAGAAGUAUGAAGAACUGUCUGAGAUCUUCUCCGACAAAGACAACUAUUCCCAGAGCCGAGAGCUGCUGAAGGAGGAGAUAUCAUCCUCGUCCACGGUCCUGGAGCAGAGGCUGAACCACAGGAACUCCCCCAGAACAUCUGCCCAGGGAACAGUGCCCUAUCUGGGGCUCUUCCUGACCGACCUCACCAUGCUGGACACGGCCGUCAAGGACCGGCUGGACAACGGAUACGUGAACUUUGACAAGAGGAGACGGGAGUUUGAGGUCCUGGCUCAUAUCCGCCUCCUGCAGUCCUCCUGUAAGAAGUGCAGCUUCCACCGGGAACCGGCCUUUGUGCAUUGGUACCAGAGUGUACCGGAGCUGACCGAGGCCGACAGUUACAGAUUGUCCAAUCAGAUUGAAGCGAUGGGAGAGCCCAGCCCCCGCGGAGCCACCCCCACUGUCAUUGUCACACAGUGUUCUGACUUGAGUGGUUCUCGCUCCAGUCUGCCCACAGACUCUGACGGCCUGUUCGACUUCUCAUCUCCAGUCAACCACCUGCUGUCCAAGCUCACCAAGCAGCACAUGCGCUCUCCCUCGGUGUCCUGCCUGGAUGUGGACUCCUCUCCUCCCGCUGCAGACCCAGGCCCUACCCUCAGCCCCUCCUCCCCCUCUAAGUCUCACCGUCGCUCGGCCUCCUGUGGGAACAACCCCCCAGGAGGCCCCCACAGCUCGGGGCCCGACAUGCGCAUCAUUCGCAUCCGCAUGGAGCUGCAGGAUGGGAACCUGUAUCGCAGCAUCCUGGUGACCAGUAACGACAAGACCCCUGUGGUCAUCAGCAGUGCCUUAGAGAAACACAACCAGGACCCGAGAGAGAGCGGCCUCUACCAACUGCUGCAGCUGCUGCCUGACGGCAAAGAGCUGCUCAUCCCACCCACAGGAAAUGUCUUCUACGCCAUGACCUCGUCCAGUGUUGACUUCCUGCUGAAAAGGAAAGCCGGGACCGCACCCCCUCAGCCAAUCAGCACGGAGACCAGCGCCACCUUCCCACGAAUCAAGGCCAAGGGACGGCGGCUCGUACGGACGCUUUUCUGA